GUUUGUCCCUGCCCCCAAUUUAACAUUUUAUUAGUCCAGACUUUUACAAGAACACAGGUGGUCUCGUGUGUAAUUACUCCAACGCAUAGAAUAAGUAUUUAGCCAAAUUUGUUACAUUGAGUCAUUUUGCAUUACAUGCUUUUUUAAGGUUCAUUUUAAUAAAAUAAAAAUGUGACGCUUGUAUCAGAUGAGAUAAACGGCCUAUCUCUGGAGAAACCUACCGGUGACAGUUCUCGCGAGAUCUCCUCUUAGCAACUGGAACGUUUGCCCUGGAUACCACAGGCUCGCAAGAUACAAGGAACCCAUUAAGAUUGCCAUUUCUAUGCAGUCUCCAGAUGGAAACCACCUCUGGUUCCCCAGCCAGUCUCUGUGGACCCUGAUCGCUGAACAUGUUACUGGGUCAGAGCUGCAUAAGAUCCGUACAGCACUGGGCAACUCCCUGGUUGACAUGUACACAGAUAUCCACUCUGAGGCGGAGAUGUGGUACAAGAUGUGGCAGGAGAGCCAGCAAAGGCUCCCACAUCAGCAGGGCUCCCCUCUGGCUGACCCCCCUGCAGUCAAAGAGCUGGUGAGAGCCGAGGUCAAGAUGUUACUGCAGACCCUCAGAGAGAGAGCCAACAUAGGGGGGAGAGAUGGCGAGGAGUUUGUGUUUUGGUACAAACCUGAGACAGUGGACUACGCUCUGGGUCACCUUGACAGCUGUUACAGAAGCACCAACCCUGAAGAUACUGGCGAUGAAAGCAGACCGAACUCUCGCUGUUCAGUCCAGACCAAUGCUGAGGAUGAGAUUGAGGCAGUGAGAGACAAGCUGAAUGUCACUGACAUUGAUGAAGUGGUGGACCGUCUAAAAUCUGUCCUAAAGGAGGAAUGUGAAGCGUUGAACAGGCUGGUAAAGAAUUUAAAGGGGAAUAUUAAACAAAAGCGUCGGAGUCAGUGUGAUAAAUCAGAACCUACACUUUCAGAGUUGAGAGAGCUAAGAGGAGCUAUACAAAUGGACUUGCAGCUCUACCCCUCUAUGUUGGCUGCUUCACCACCAGCUUCCUCCCUUCUCCCUUUGAAGGAAUUGAAAAGCAGGUCCAGACUACCAGCAAGGCAAAGGGUUUCUGGGGAGACUCUGGGAACUUUAAGCACUACAUCAGCCUUCAGACCACAUCCACCUCCUCCUAUGUGCCAUACUAAACCCAGGCCACCGUCGGGCGCUCCUCCUAGCAAGACCUCAGUUAAACUAAUUAACAGUCCUUCACUGUCUCGGACUCAUGGACAGCACAGAAGCACAUCAGCCUCCUCUGGACCUAGGAAAACACAUACACCUAUCUUGAACCGGAUCACCUCUUCUGGGCCCGCCAAUGACCAGAUAAUGGUUAAACCCUCACAUCACUCCAGUCUCUCUCCAAAGCAAGAUAGUGCUGGUCUCCACUGCAGGGCCCUGACUACUGGUCCUAGUUCUCAAAUAAAAACCCAUCCAUCAUCCCAUCGCACUACUCACAGCUCGAGCGGAGAUUUGUCACCACAGACAGAAAGAAAAAGCAGCUCAGCCUGGAGGUCAAGAAAAAUCAAUACUAUCACCUCAUCCCCUCGCUGUGAUUCUGGUAGUUACAGCAGCAAUAGUACUGAUCUUGCUAUGUCAACAACAGGGAAAUCAAAGACACAAAAUGGUACCUGCGGAGGUAGUUUAAUGUCAACCACACUGCAAGUGGAUAAUGACACAAGGAAGAGUACUUCUGAGAGAUUUCACUCUUGCGUUGGCAGUAGGAAGAGCAACAAUGGAACUGAUAGAAAUAAAAAUGGUCAUCUUGGGAAGGAUGUCACGCAGCAGCAAAGUUUAUUAGCCUCUGUUUGACAGAUCGCUCCUCACAUGAUCCAGAAAGCAGUGAUACAUAGACUGGGGCAGGCGUCAUGCACCCAUCCACUGUCUGUAUGGAUAAAUGGACAAUUCUUUAUUUCCCCUAAAAGACGACUUGACGGCACAAGUCAGCCAGAAAGUGACAGAGCUGGAGUCCACUCACUCAUCAGCCAGUCCCUCCUCCAAGGGUGUGCAAGUCAGCCCAUACUUUAACUGUUGUGCCUGGCCCUCAUAAGGUUUUUUCCAUACAGCAUAAAUUAAAAUAAACUUGUGUUUGAGA